GCUGAGCCACAAUAGACUCACUGACUCACUGAAAAACAGCCUUACAGACCCCAAGAGCAAUCAUGGACCAAGUCAAGUCCAGCGGCACUGUGACGCAUAUUAACAAUUAUGGGUCCAGACACUUGUCUCAAAAAGCAAUCGAGAAGCUGAUCCAACAAUCUCAGGAGGCCAAGCAGCAUGCUUACUGUCCCUACAGCAAGUUCAGAGUGGGAGCUGCCCUCCUGACCAUGGACGACAGUGUGUUUACAGGUUGCAAUAUAGAAAAUGCAUGCUACAACUUGGGUAUAUGUGCUGAAAGGAAUGCUAUCUCAAAAGCAGUUUCUGAAGGCUACAGAAGUUUCAAGGCAAUUGCAAUUUCCAGUGACUUAAAAGACCAGUUCAUCUCGCCAUGUGGGGGCUGCAGGCAAUUCAUAAGAGAGUUUGGUUUAGACUGCGAUGUGUACCUGUCAAAGCCAGACGGCUCGCACCGGAAGAUGACUGUGGACGAUCUGCUGCCCGUCUCCUUCGGUCCCGAGGAACUCCACAUGAACAAAGUGUUUUCAUCUCCUUAAAGAGAACUGAGCCUGUAUAGUCAUACAAAACAGAAAGACAUGUGCUGUGUAUUCAUGUUUAGCAGUAGUUAUAUUUAUGGGAAAUAUUUGUUAUUUUAGCAUGUGCUGAUUGUAAACGUCAAAUGAUAACCGUUUCUUCAUGUAUACUGUCUUAUUAUACAAUCUAUUAUAUGGAGAAUCUAUUGUGCCUUGGUUAUUUUAUUAACCACAUUGAGAUACUUAAUGCUGUAGAUAACAUUUCCUAAUAUGAAGAAGAAUUAACAAAAUUGUAUUAUAUCAACACAUUUUAAUAAAUAAAACAUUUUAGAAGGAG